UUUUAUGAAGAGUAAGUAUGUAGAGCUUAAGUUGACAUUUCAGAAUUAUUUUUUACUUUUUAGCUCAAUUUUCUAAUAUGUAAUAUCGCAAAACAUAAUUCUCAUGAAGUAUCAUUAUGUUAUAAUACUGUAAUAUUAUCAAAGCUGUGUUUAGCCGACUAUAUGAAAAUACUAUUAUGUGAAAUGCACAAUUGCAGUCUGAAUAAUAAAUGUUGUCGAAGGGAAUAGUUGAGUAAGCUAUAUUAUUGCCGGAAAAUCGUGAAGCUAUAGACAGAUAUUUGAUGAUCGUCAGUUUACCACAAGAUAACAUCAAAGAAGAUGUUUAUAUUGGCAUUUACAUUUAAAAUAUUAACGAUUUGUGGUUGUGGACUACUGGAUUCGUGGGUAACGCCGUUCAAACGGUUAGUUUAUCACAUGUAUACUAUUUUCGUAUUGUUAUUAAUACACACGUUUAUGCUGUCGCAAUUGGUGGAUCUUAUUAUGGUCGUGGACAAUUCCGACGAAUUCACCGAUAAUUUCUAUGUGCUACUCGCUAUGGUUGUUUCUUGCUGUAAGAUGUUGGCUCUGUUGAUGAAUCGCAGCAACAUUGAGAUGUUAAUUGAGACCCUUACGAGUAAACCGUUCCAACCGGUUGAACCUGACGAAGUGAAGAUUCGACAGAAAUUCGAAAAACUCAUACAAUCAAAUACGCUUCAUUAUACUAUCUUAGUCGAAACAACGUGUCUAUCUGUUGCCGUGACAUCAUUACUGACGGAAUUUGGGAAAGGAAAUUUGACGUUCCGAGCAUGGCUACCAUUUGACUAUUCUUCGCCGCUACUAUUUCCAUUUGUAUACGCUCAUCAAUUGAUAAGUUUUACAAUUGGAUCUGUGCACCACGUAGCUUGUGAUAGUCUCAUAUGCGGAUUCCUGGUGCACAUUUGUUGUCAGAUAGAAAUAUUGGAACACCGUUUGAGAAAAAGCGCAAAUAAUCCUAACAUUCUUCGCGAAUGUGUUCUUCAGCACAAUCAUAUAUUCAAAUUUGCUCGUAUAGUAAAUGAAAAAUUUAGGGUAACUAUAUUUAUCCAGUUUAUCGUGAGCACAUUGGUGAUGUGCUUUAAUUUGUAUCAAUUUACCAAAUCAACUGCAUUAAGAACAAAGUAUAUGCAAUUACUAAUGUAUACAUGCUCUAUGCUAUCACAAAUCUUUUUUUAUUGUUGGUAUGGAAACGAAGUUAAAUUGAAAAGUCGACAGUUGAUGAACAAUGUUUUCGAAAUGGAAUGGUUUAAGUUUAAUGAAGACGCUCAGAAGGCUUUAUUAAUGAUCGUAAGACGUGCUGCAGUACCAAUCGAGUUUACUAGUGCCUGUGUUAUUUCUAUGAACUUGGAUUCAUUCGUGGGUAUACUAAAGACGUCGUAUUCGGCUUACAAUAUACUUCAGCAAACGCAAGGAUCAUAAUGUACACGUGUAGUGAAGCAGAAAUAUCGGUGAUAUAAUACACAAUGUAAAUCUAUGUCACAUGUGCAUAUAAACACAAGGUUUAUACAUAUAUCAAAUAUUUUAUUUAAUACUGAUAAUAAAUUUUUGUAUAGUUGACAUCAUAAACGGAAAGAAAUAAGUGAUAUACUUGUUGCCAUUUUCAUUAACUUAUCUUAAUAUGUGCUACAUGCUCAUGUCAUACACUAUAAGUAGAACGUUAUAAUUGUCAUUAAAAGUUAAACUAUAAAUUGUAAUGAUAGGGAAAAGAAAACCUAUAAUGAUAGAGUCAAUAC